CGUCUCAUCAGACUCCACCCCACCCCACCCCACCCCUCUCCUUAUCCUUCCCUUCGCAUAAACCCCCCGGCGCCGUCCUCACCCUCGCCGCGACCCCCGCCUCCGCCGCUAGGUUUCGACCGCCCGCCUCCAGGCCUCCGCGUCUCCAGGGGAAAGCAAGGGGAGGGAGAGGAUGGCGGCGCCGAUACCGCGCGAGUGGACAGGGCUGCAGCAGUUCCCGGCGGCCACCCAGACCAAGCUGCACGAGCUCCUCGGCAAGCUCAAGGAGGAGAAUGUGAGCACGUUGACAAUUCUGGUGAUGGGGAAAGGUGGAGUGGGGAAGUCAUCCACCGUUAACUCCAUCGUUGGGGAGAGGGUUGCCACUGUCAGCGCUUUCCAGUCCGAGGGUCUGAGGCCAACAAUGUGCUCCCGCACAAGGGCGGGGUUCACCUUGAACAUUAUCGACACUCCUGGGCUCAUUGAAGGUGGAUACAUCAAUGAGCAGGCUGUUGAAAUCAUAAAGAGGUUUCUUCUGGGCAAGACUGUUGAUGUUCUCCUGUAUGUGGAUCGCUUGGAUGCGUACAGAAUGGAUACACUGGAUGAACAGGUUAUAAGAGCCAUCACCAAUUCAUUUGGAAAGGACAUUUGGCGAAGGGCACUGGUUGUGUUGACCCAUGCUCAGCUCUCACCGCCUGAUGGAAUCGAUUAUAAUGAGUUCUUUACAAGAAGAUCAGAGGCACUUUUGCGAUACAUCCGUUCAGGCGCAGGAAUCAAUAAACGAGAAUAUGGGGAUUUCCAGUUGCCAAUAGCAUUGGUGGAGAACAGUGGAAGGUGCAAGACUAAUGAGCAUGGGGAGAAGAUUCUUCCAGAUGGCACUCCAUGGGUUCCAAACCUGAUGAAAGAAAUUACUGUUGUCAUCUCAAAUGGGAGCGAGCCCAUUCAUGUCGAUCAGAAGUUAAUUGAUGGUCCAAACCCCAACAAUCGCUGGAAGAUGUUCAUACCACUUAUCCUGGCUGUGGAGUACUUCUUGGUGGUAAAAGGAAUCCGGAGGGCCAUACAUGCUGAUAUAGCAAAUGGGAAGGUGGACGACUGGGAGCAGCGUUACCGGGACUUGGUCGGAAGCAGGGACCCUGUGGAGCAGAAAGGUUCCCGGAACCGCAAGGCCUAAGUUUUGGUGUACUCGAGCGGAGCUCGUUCCCAUCAUGACGCAUUCAAUUACCUACCGUUCCUUUUCCUAAUUCUGUGUUGGGGGCUUUAUAGAGUUCGCUGGGACAACUUGAACAAAUUUGCUCAUGUCGUAGUUGACAAGAAUCCGCACUUCAUUUUAUGAUGCUUGCCCUCAGCGCAAUUUUGAAGUGAAAUCCCUGCUUUUUUUAA